UCACGUCUUGAUCUAUACACAAAUCUACGCAAAAAAUAUACUCCAAUCACUACUAUAAAGUAUAAAACCAAGAAAUCUUGAAAUCCAAAACACCCCAAUCCAUUUUAUCUUAAUGCAAAAAUAUACCUAGUUAAAAUCAACUCAUUUCAAGAUCUACUGUAGUUGGGUUUUGGUGUAUGAUCUUGAAUCUUAUGGGUAUUUGAAAAAAAUGGUUUGUCAACAUUGAUGUUUGUUAUGUGAUGGGUUUUGGAUUUAAGAAAUGUUGUUUGUUGUGGAGAUUUAGUGUGUUUUAUGGUUUUGGAGGAGAUGAUGUUUUGGAGGGAAAGGGAAAGGGAGACUAGAGAAGUGAAUGGUGUUCCACCUUGUGGACAAGUCAGGGUUCUUGUUGUUGGUGAUUCAGGUGUGGGGAAGACCUCUCUUGUUCAUCUGCUUCUCAAUGGUUCUUCCAUCGCUCGCCCUCCUCAAACAAUUGGCUGUACAGUCGGAGUAAAACACACUACUUAUGGAAAUUCUGGUAGCUCCUCAACUAGCAUAAAAGGUGAUGCCGAGAGAGAUUUUUUUAUUGAACUCUGGGAUAUAUCAGGACAUGAUCGUUACAAAGAUUGCCGAUCUCUAUUCUACUCACAAAUUAAUGGUGUUAUCUUUGUAUAUGAUCUAUCGCAAAGAAGGACAAAGACAAGCUUGCAGAAGUGGGCUGUAGAGAUAGCAACAUCAGGGUCAUUUUCGGCUCCUCUAGCUUCAGGAGGUCCUGGUGGUCUCCCUGUUCCUUACAUUGUCAUUGGCAAUAAAGCAGAUAUCGCUUCAAAUGAGGGUGUUAGAGGAAGCAGUGGGAAUCUUGUUGAUAUGGCUCGCCAGUGGGUUGAGAAGCAAGGUCUACUUCCUUCAAGCGAAGAGAUCCCAUUGACUGAGAGUUUUCCUGGUGGUGGAGGUCUUAUUGCGGCCGCUAAGGGAGCAAGAUAUGACAAAGAAGCUGUCAUGAAGUUUUUCCGCAUGUUAAUCAGGAGGAGAUACUUCUCAGAUGAUCUACCUGGUAAUCAUUGGUCUUCCCCAGUUCAGAAACCACUGCAGGGAUCGAGCGAAAUUUCAAAUGAUGAUGAUCACUUGUAUAAAAGUAAAAGUUCAAGUUAUAUCAGUGACUCUUACAAGUAUAAUGCACUCCCUCCUUUACCAGCUCAACGCAAUCUCACACCGCCUCCCACGCUUUACCCACAGCAACCCAUGUCCACACCUGACAAUUAUAGCAUCCCCAGAUUUGCCAGCACACAAGAUAUCAACAGUGCGAGGUUUAAGCGUUCUGAUAUUAACGUCUGAUGAUCUUUCUUAUUUUUCUCCUUUUAAUUUUUUUCCUUCAUGUAAUGGUACACUUUUUCAGGACAUAAUAGCUAGCUCUGUGAAAAGCUUGUCUUGUAAAAUGUUCCAAUUCAUUCUUUUGACUCAUUGUGAUGUUCUUGAAAUUGUAGGGUAAAGUUGAAAGGCUUAUAAUACAAAGAUCUUUGA